AUAGACCGUGUGUUCAUUCGUUCAUACUAUGAAUGAAUAUCUGAGGCACGGAUGGCGGUGAUAACUCUUUCAUACGGAAUUGUACAUAUCAUUUUAUUUUUUUUAUUAUAAAUGUCGAUGUUAAAAUUCAUUGUCUUUUAAACAACUGACAAGAGCCGCAUUGCUUCGCCUACAUCAGAUUAUGUGACUAAUGAUCAAACAGACAAUUUACAAGCAAAGGUUAUGUGUGGGUAGUACCAAAUAUUUGGUAGUACCUUAUCUAGGAAUACAACUGCAUGUGCAGUGCUGAAACUUGUAAGUAUAGGUAAUUGAAUUUUUAAAGAUCAUGCUAGUAAAUGUCGGAAAUGUCAUUGAAACAAAAUGAAACAUGCUUCAGUGUAUCUGCUCCUGGAAAAAUUAUUCUUCACGGUGAACAUUCAGUUGUGUAUGGCAAGACUGCUUUAGCAGCUAGUAUAAGUCGUCGAACGCGUGUUACUUGGAAAGUGAACAACAGAGAUGACAGGUUAAAGCUCUCUCUUUCUGCAAUAAAUCUUGAGAAGGAAUACAAUUUAAAAAACAUCCAUGACUGUUUGUUGGCUGUUCCACCGCCCAUUGUUGAGCAGUCUGAAUUGGCUAGCUUCAACGUGGGGACGCCAGAACUGCUAGACUUGGCCGAGCUGUUGCCUGUGUUGACCAAGUUUAUUCCAGAUGCACCUUCGCUAACGAAAGAACACAGAAAUCCAUUGCUGGCAUUCUUUACGUUAUUUGUCGGCAUGCUUUCAAGUGUGGCAGUGGAAAUAAAAUCAUGCAGCAUUUCUGUGACUUCAGAGCUGGAUAUUGGGGCGGGACUCGGGAGCUCAGCUUCGUACUCUGUCGCGUUGGCCGCUGGGUUUUUGCAAUUCAUUCGCACGUGUGUUGAAAGACAACAUAAGGGACAGCAGAACAUCACUAGAGAGGGCUUCAAAACUAUCCCUUCGAUCUGUAGCCCAAAUGCAGAGUUCAGUGACGGGGAGAGAGACCUCAUCUCGCGCUGGGCGUACCAGUGCGAGAGAAUCAUGCACGGAAACCCUUCCGGCAUCGACAACUUGGUCUGUACGUACGGGUUCGUCCUCCAAUUCAGGAAGAACGUGAGUAGGCAAGGCGUGACCUGGAAGAAGCUGCCGCCGGUGAAAGAACUCAGUGUUUUGUUGGUGAAUACGAAGGUGAGCCGCAGCACUGCUGCUCUGGUCGAGAAAGUGGCUCAGAAGAAGGCCAAGUUCCCCUCGGUGAUAGAAGCUGUCUUCCAAGUGAUAGACCAGGUGGCAUUGUCAGCCUCGUCUGUGUUUGAAAGCAUGUCUGAUGCAAACAGCAGUGAGCUGGAGCAGCAUCUACAUACUCUAGAGGAGCUGGUGGACUUGAACCAGGGGCAGCUGGCGUCCCUAGGGGUGUCCCACCCUCGGCUGGACCGGGUGUGUGCGGCCGCCGCCGCUCGUGGCAUGCACGCCAAGCUGACGGGGGCAGGAGGAGGGGGCAACGCCUUCGUGCUGGUCCGCCCCUCGCCCUGCGACGCCGAGGAGCUCCGGCGAGAGCUGGAGGAGGAGGGUUACGACUGUUUCGUCACCGGGAUCGGCCGGGAAGGGGUUACGGUCGAUAGCCUAUGAUGAUUCCUGUUACUUAAGAGGCCACUCCAGUGUUUCAGGGGCACUACGCAACCUGCUUUAACCUCAUAAGAUUCAAUGCUAUUUUCAUUUUGCUUAUAACUAAUUAACUAAUAUAGAAUUCGAAAUGAUGCUUGCUUGAUAUGUAAGACAAGGAUGCUCUUAUCAAAGCCCCUUUCUUCAAAAACGUGCGUAAAUUAUGGUUUUAUACUAAUCUUUACUAAUAUGCUUAAGUGUAUUGUCUAGGUGUGAACCAUAAUUUAUGCACAUUUUUGAAGAAAGGGGCUUUGUUAAGAGCUGUGUUGUCUUACAUAUCAAGCAAGCAUCAUUUCGAAAUCUAUAUUAGUUAAUUAGUUAUAAGAAAAAUGAAAAUAGCAUUGAAUCUUAUGAUGUUAAUGCGGGUUGCGUAGUGCCCCUAAAACACUGGAGUGGCCUCUUAAGAACUCCAUCUUGGGGGAAGUUAUUGUAGGUCUACGUGUUAUCUAAUGGUGGCUGGACAGGUUUGACAAACUGAGCAAACUAAUAAUGAAGGCAGCGCAGUAAUGCGAGACCUGGUGGCCUAGGUUACGUAAAACAGUUUAGAUGCUAUCUUCUAAAAAUAUAACUAAACUUAUACCAUCAAAAUAAAGCCUUUUAUAAUUUU